UAAAUAACAUAAAUUAAAAUUUAAUAGUGUCAUAGAAUGGUGUCAAGAGUAUAACUACUGUAUCAAUGAAACAUGAUCUAAAUUCUUGCUUCUGUGUAUAAAGGACAGCAAGUGGAAAUAAGAGUUGAGAGAAUGGAAGAUGUUGAAGUAUUAAAACGUUUGAAAAUGAAGAGGCCAACAUUCAAAGUUGGAAGUGUUGGGCCAUAUAACAUCCAAAUAAAUAGUUUGACCACUUUAGUGGAAGACGACAAAGUUUCUGAUGAGGUCAUGGAUUCCAUAUGUGAUGUUCUAAGCAGGAUUCGCCCAGGUGUUGUACAUAUAAAUUCUCAGGCACUAACCAAAAUAUUGGAUGGGUCCAAAAGGGCAAAAAGCCACUAUUUUAUCAAGAAUAACAUUUUUGAGGGGACAACAGAGGUGUUUGGCCCUUAUCUCGAGGGUGGUAAUCACUGGACAUUUUUUCAUUGCAAUGUUGACAAAAGAUGUAUCACUUACUUUAACUCCUUUGGAGAGAUGGAGUGGCAGUGCCAAGCAAUUGCCCAACACUGGUGUGAUUUUGCCACUGCAAGGGGAGUUCAAGGAGAGUGGGUCCUCAAAACUACAAAACACAGUUUGCAAACAGACUCUGUCUCAUGUGGUGUCUACACACUUGCAUUUGCCACAGAAUUUAUAAAGUCUGGUGGUUGCAUUACCUCCUUCCAGUGCCCUGCAAUACAACAGGAGAGAACGCGCCUUGCCUUGCUUUUGUACCGGUCUUUAGACCGAACCAAAACAUGUGGAAUUUGUUCCAAAAAUGUGUUGGGGAGAAAAAGAGCAACAUGCACCUGUGGGGCAGUGCUGCAUUUACAGUGUGCAGCCACACCUGUGUGCUACAUAUGCCAAGAUGACAGCAACUCGUUAUCCCAGAUCUCUUUGCCUACAGCAGCCACGUCAGCGCUCCUGGCUGACACUGACCUGGUAGAACAAUUCUCUAGAUCUGCAGAAUGCUCUGCACUACAACAGGAAGAAACAGUUAUGGCCAUGUUGGGCACCAUAGGAAUACCUAUGGCUUGUUGCACUGAGGAAGAGAUGGAAGAGGAGGACAAGGAAGAAAAGAAGCAUGAGCAAGACAACCAAGAAAGACAUAGGGAAGAUGAGGGAAAGGUGGAGAAAGAAAAGAAAGUGUACAAAGUUUUAGGAAGGCUAACGUCACAAAGAAAGUGUUACGAGGUAGAUGAAGAUGAGUUGAGGAGGAGGGUCAAAGGAGAAAACAUGUCCACAAACAUGUUUCGAAUGUUAAUAAGGGUUUGUAUUUCUGUUAUAUACAUGCAUUUAAGUAUAAAGCACAAAAGUUUUAACGUCAAAUUAUAGGUCUAAGACUGCCAUGUUUUUGUGGUUUAAUAGAUGUGUAGCAACUUUUCUUAAAUCAAAACUCUUAGCUACUCUCCCCUUAAUAGUUUGGUCAUACGCAAUAUGGCACAUUGUAUUUCGACAGCCUGCUUUCAUUCUUUAAAUC